UUCAGUUUCAUCUUCAAAAAAGGAGCAGUCGUCCCACUCACGGGAUGAAAAUAAAAACUUGGCUGAUGUUGACAGUCGUUUAACAAAACUGGAAUCCAUGCUUUACCGUGUCAUUGGUGCUCUCCCAUUGCCGGAGGAAGAUUAUGACCAACAUUACGCUGAACAUGCUCAUAAUGAGGACUCAGCUGAUGAUCAUGAUGACAUCAAUCCGUACCAAUCAUGCCAAAGGCUGUACACGCAACCAGUAGAUGUUGAUUACGAUGACAUCACAUGUACUUCCCAAGAGGAAUCCACAUUGCCAAAAAUGAUUCCCACAUUCGCAGCUAAGUUUCCUGCCCAAUCUGAUGAGGGGCUCCUCUUGAAGAAGAAAUAGCUAGCUCAACAAUGUUCAUGAUGAACAAUAAAUUGGAGGAGAAAGUCCUCGAAGAGACUGGAAUAAAAUAUUUGCCACCAAGCAACUGCCCCUACUUGGAUGUACCUAAAGUGAACCCUGUUAUUUGGGAGAAUCUGUCUCCUUCAACAAGAAGCAGAGACCUCAAGCUAGCUAGGGUACAGAAGUCCCUCACUAGGGGCUUGACUGCCUUCACUCGCUCAAUCUCGUCAGGCAACCUUUCUCCAUCUCAACAAGAUGCAUUGGCCUUGCUGUCUAAUGCAAAUUAUGAAAUGAAUGCUCUACGCAAGGAACAAAUAAAGCCUGACAUGAAUGCUGCAUACAGCCACCUGUGCAAACCAACUACUCCGGUCACAAAGUUCCUUUUUGGGGACGAUUUGGGAAAGCGAGUUAAGGACAUGACCGAAGAGCAGAAAGCUACUGGACGAGUUGUUAAAACUUCAGAGCCAGGCCGUGGCCGUUAUCGAGCUCACGCCAAUUACCACCCUUACAGAGCUGGAGAUUACUCCCGCCAAGGUUACAGAGCUGCAGGAUGGUCUACUCCUAACCAUAGACCACAAUCAGAUGCUCCUUACAGGCCUUUUUUGAACAGAAAGGCCCCUAUCAGGGGCCGCAGACAGCCACAAGCCCCCAUGGUGAAAAAACCACCAGCAUCUCAGGGCAGAUACCGAGAGAAUCCCCAGCGGAAGUAGCUACCAGUAUACCCCAAGAGGGUAACAGGGGACCCUUCGAGAAUAUAGGCUUAGAUGAAGGGAUCACCGACGUGUUGACAGCAUCAUUGAGGAAGUCUACUCAACGUCAGUACCGAGUAUAUUGGACAAAAUGGACAAAAUUUUGUGAAAGCAGGAAGAAAAGUCCUCUUCGUUCUUCAGUUAACUUUGUGUUAGAAUUUUUAGCAGAACUGUUUCAUAGAGAGAA